GCCCGCCCGCCCGCCGGCCCGCCCGUCAGUCUGGCAGGCAGGCAGGCAGGGAAUCGGUCCGAGUGGCUGUCGGCUCUUCAGCUCUCCCGCUCGGCGUCUUCCUUCCUCCUCCCGGUCAGCGUCGGUGGCUGCACCGGCGGCGGCGCAGUCCCUUCGGGAGGGGCUACAAGAGCUGAGCGGCGGCCGCCGAGCGUCGAGCUCAGCGCGGCGGAGGCGGCGGCGGCCCGGCAGCCAACAUGGCGGCGGCGGCGGCGGCGGCGGCGGGCGCGGGCCCGGAGAUGGUCCGCGGGCAGGUGUUCGACGUGGGGCCGCGCUACACCAACCUCUCGUACAUCGGCGAGGGCGCCUACGGCAUGGUGUGCUCUGCGUAUGAUAAUGUCAACAAAGUUCGAGUAGCCAUCAAGAAAAUCAGCCCCUUUGAGCACCAGACCUACUGCCAGAGAACCCUGAGGGAGAUAAAAAUCUUACUGCGCUUCAGACAUGAGAACAUCAUUGGAAUCAAUGACAUUAUUCGAGCACCAACCAUCGAGCAAAUGAAAGAUGUAUAUAUAGUACAGGACCUCAUGGAAACAGAUCUUUACAAGCUCUUGAAGACACAACACCUCAGCAACGACCAUAUCUGCUAUUUUCUUUACCAGAUCCUCAGAGGGUUAAAAUAUAUCCAUUCAGCUAACGUUCUGCACCGUGACCUCAAGCCUUCCAACCUGCUGCUCAACACCACCUGUGAUCUCAAGAUCUGUGACUUUGGCCUGGCCCGUGUUGCAGAUCCAGACCAUGAUCACACAGGGUUCCUGACAGAAUAUGUGGCCACACGUUGGUACAGGGCUCCAGAAAUUAUGUUGAAUUCCAAGGGCUACACCAAGUCCAUUGAUAUUUGGUCUGUAGGCUGCAUUCUGGCAGAAAUGCUUUCUAACAGGCCCAUCUUUCCAGGGAAGCAUUAUCUUGACCAGCUGAACCACAUUCUGGGUAUUCUUGGAUCCCCAUCACAAGAAGACCUGAAUUGUAUAAUAAAUUUAAAAGCUAGGAACUAUUUGCUUUCUCUUCCACACAAAAAUAAGGUGCCAUGGAACAGGCUGUUCCCAAAUGCUGACUCCAAAGCUCUGGACUUACUGGACAAAAUGUUGACAUUCAACCCACACAAGAGGAUUGAAGUAGAACAGGCUCUGGCCCACCCAUAUCUGGAGCAGUAUUACGACCCAAGUGACGAGCCCAUCGCCGAAGCACCAUUCAAGUUUGACAUGGAAUUGGAUGACUUGCCUAAGGAAAAGCUCAAAGAACUAAUUUUUGAAGAGACUGCUAGAUUCCAGCCAGGAUACAGAUCUUAAAUUUGUCAGGGCGCUGGUUCAGAGGCCUCGUGGGAACCUGUCAGAUCACCUCUGACCUGCAUGAUCAGCACCUCUCCUGCCCGUGGGAACCAGUCACAGCUCCUUGCCUUUCCAAAACCCCAGCCCAUUAUCCUCACUCACACUUCCCACCAGGACUGUUUUGCCCUCAAUCAAAGAAGAUGUGAGCAUUAUUAGCAAUGCACUGUCCCCUGCCUGUACAGUUAACUCUGUCCUAGCUGGUCAUUUAGAGAGACUUGCUAAGAAUAGGAGGUGGCAGAAGAUCCUUUUGCAUAAAGAUGUAUUAUUUUACAAAGGCCCUUAAACUCUAAUUUUGACCAUGGAGUAGUGUUGGAUAUCUUAGUAUAUGUGCUGCCGAAGCAAGCACUAGUGUUGGAUAUCUUACGGUAAAUAAAGGGCAUCUUGGGAACACUGCAGUCGGCGUAGGCUGGGGGGUGGCGUCGUUCCUAUGAGUGUUGUGGAAACCACCUCAGAACUGUCUGAGAGGAGGUGUCUAUGGAGUGAGGGCUGACCCUGGCCCCUUCAGAACUGCCAUGUGUUAUCCUUGCCCAAGUGUGUCCAAAGAAAUGGCCAUUUUGCAGGAGUCUUUUUUCCCUUUUCUAUUUUCAUAAUGCUACUGCUGCUGCUGCUGUUUUAAUGUGGUUCAUUCUUGUCACUUUUGUGUUUUGUGAUGCUGAUGACGAUGCUGUUUUUACAUGGCUCACUCUUAACUCAGUGGUCUGUUUGUGUUUCUAUAGGACAAGGGCUCAGAGGACUGGACGUGCUCAGACAUCGGUAUUCUUCUUCCCAGUUCUUGACCCCUGGUCCUGUCUCCAGCCCGUCUUGGCUUAUCCACUUUGACUCCUUUGAGCCGUUUGGAGGGGCGGUUUCUGGUAGUUGUGGCUUUUAUGCUUUCAAAGAAUUUCUUCAGUCCAGAGAAUUCCUCCUGGCAGCCCUGUGUGUGUCACCCAUUGGUGACCUGCGGCAGUAUGUACUUCAGUGCACCUACCGCUUACUGUUGCUUUAGUCACUAAUCGCUUUCUGGUUUGAAAGAUGCAGUGGUUCCUCCCUCUCCUGAAUCCUUUUCUACAUGAUGCCCUGCUGACCAUGCAGCCACACCAGAGAGAGAUUCUUCCCCAAUUGGCUCUAGUCACUGGCAUCUCACUUUAUGAUAGGGAAGGCUACUACCUAGGGCACUUUAAGUCAGUGACAGCCCCUUAUUUGCACUUCACCUUUUGACCAUAACUGUUUCCCCAGAGCAGGAGCUUGUGGAAAUACCUUGGCUGAUGUCGCAGCUUUCAGCAGGUGCUCCCAUCUCGGGAAUCCUUGGGGAGCACUUGUUCAUGUCUUUUCUCAUAUCAUGGUAGUCACUAACAUAUAUAAGGUAUGUGCUGUUGGCCCAGCUUUUAGAAAAUGCAGUCAUUUUUCUAAAUAAAAAGGAAGUACUGCACCCAGCAGUGUCACUGUGUAGACUUACUGUGGUCACUUGUACCAUAUAGAGGUGUAACACUUGCCAAGAAGCGUUAUGUGCAGUACUUAAUGUUUGUAAGACUUACAAAAAAAGAUUUAAAGUGGCAGCUUCACUCGACAUUUGGUGAGAGAAGUCCAAAGGUUGCAGUGCUGAGCUGUGGGCGAUUUCUGGGGAUGUCCCAGGGUGGAACUCCACAUGCUGGUGCACAUACUCCCUUGAGCUACUUCAAAUGUGCGUGUUUCAGUAACCAUGUUCCAUGCCUGAGGAUUUAGCAGAGAGGAACACUGCGUCUUUAAAUGAGAAAGUAUACAAUUCUUUUUCCUUCUAUAGCAUGUCAGCAUCUCAAGUUCAUUUUUCAACCUACAAUAUAACAAUUUGUAAUAAAGCCUCCACGAGCUCAUGACAUGAAGCACUGUUCUGUCCUCAAGUACUCAAAUAUUUCUGAUACUGCUGAGUCAGACCAUCAGAAAAAGCUAGCACUAACUCGUGUUUGGAGCUCUGUCCAUAUUUUACUGAUCUCUUUAAGUAUUUGUUCCUGCCACUGUGUACUGUAGAGUUGACUCGGUGUUCUGUCCCAGUGCGGUGCCUCCUCUUGACUUCCCCACUGCUCUCUGUGGUGAGAAAUUUGCCUUGUUCAAUAAUUACUGUACCCUCGCAUGACUGUUACAGCUUUCUGUGCAGAGAUGACUGUCCAAGUGCCACAUGCCUACGAUUGAAAUGAAAACUCUGUUGUUACCUCUGAGUUGUGUUCCAUGGAAAAUGCUAUCCAGCAGAUCAUUUAGGAAAAAUAAUUCUUAAUUCUAUUUUUAGCUUUUCAUUUCUCAGCUGUCCUUUUUUCUUGUUUGAUUUUUGACAGCAAUGGAGAAUGGGUUAUAUAAAGACUGCCUGCUAAUAUGAACAGAAAUGCAUUUGUAAUUCAUGAAAAUAAAUGUACAUCUUCUAUCUUCACAUUCAUGUUAAGAUUCAGUGUUGCUUUCCUCUGGAUCAGCGUGUCUGAAUGGACAGUCAGGUUCAGGUUGUGCUGAACACAGAAAUGCUCACAGGCCUCACUCUGCCACCCAGGCACUGGCCCAGCACUUGGAUUUACAUACGAUGAGUUAGAAAGGUACUUCUGUAGGGUCCUUUUUACCUCUGCUCGGCAGAGAAUCGAUUCUGUCAUGUUCCUUUAUUCACAAUCUUAGGUCUUAAAUAUUCUGUCAAACCCUAACAAAGAAGCCCCAACAUCUCAGGUUGGAUUCCCUGGUUCUCUCUAAAGAGGGCCUGCCCGUGUGCCCCAGAGCUGCUGCUGCUGGGCACAGCCAAGAGUUGGGAAGGGCUGCCCCGCAGUACGUAGUCCUCACCACCCAGCCCAGGGUGCUCACGCACACCAGUCCUGUGGCUGAGGAAGGAUAGCUGGCUCAUCCUCGGAAAACAGAACCACAUCUCUAUUCUUGCCCUGAAAUACGCACUUUUCACUUGCGUGCUCAGAGCUGCCAUCGGAAGGUCCACACAGCAUUGACAGGACACAGAAAUUUGACUGUUACCUGAUAACACUGAUAAGUCAGUUUUCAUUUUUAAAAAAACAUUGACAGUUUUAUUACUCUUGUUUCUUUUUAAGUGGAAAGUUACUAUUAUGAGGUUAAUUUGCAAUCGUCUUCUAAAUAGAAAACCAUAGCCUUGGCUACUAACAUCUGGAGACUGUGAGCUCCUUCCCAUUCCCCUUCCUGGUACUGUGGAAUCAGAUUGGCAUGAAACCACUAACUUCAUUCUAGAAUCAUUGUAGCCGUAAGUUGUGUGCUUCUUAUUAAUCAUGCCAAACAUAAUGUAACGGCAGAGAAUGGUCCUAACCAAGGUACCUAUGAAAAGUGCUAGCUAUCAUGUGUAGUAGAUGCAUCAUUUUGGCUCUUCUUACAUUUGUAAAAAUGUACAGAUUAGGUCAUCUUAAUUCAUAUUAGUGACACUGAACAGCACCUUCACUAUGAGUAUGUUCAAAUAAGCUUUCAGACUAAUAGCUUUUUUGGUGUCUAAAAUGUAAGCAAAAAAUUCCGGUUGAAACAUUCCAGUCCUUUCAUUUAGUAUAAAAGAAAUACUGAACAAGCCAGUGGGAUGGAUUUAAAAGAACUAAUCCUGAGGACUCUGUCCUGACACAGGUCCUCGAAGCUAGCAGAGAUAGGCAGACGUUGUGGCAUCUGGGUAGAAGAAUACUGUAUUCUGUGUGCAGUGCACAGUGCCUGGUGUGUGCACACUCAUUCCUUCUGCUCUUGGGCACAGGCAGUGGGUGUAGAGGUAACCGGUAGCUUUGAGAGGCUACAUGUGGCUCACCAGUGGUUUUCUCUAAGGAAUCACAAAGGUAAACUACCCACACCGCAUGCCACGUAAUAUUUCAGCCAUUCAGAGGAGACUGUUUUCUCUUUAUUUGCUUAUAUGUUAAUAUGGUUUUUAAAUUGGUAACUUUUAUAUAGUAUGGUAACAGUAUGUUAAUACACACAUACGCACACAUGCUUUGGGUCUUUCCAUAAUACUUUUAUAUUUGUAAAUCAAUGUUUUGGAGCAAUCCCAAGUUUAAGGGAAAUAUUUUUGUAAAUGUAAUGGUUUUGAAAAUCUGAGCAAUCCUUUUGCUUAUACAUUUUUAAAGCAUUUGUGCUUUAAAAUUGUUAUGCUGGUGUUUGAAACAUGAUACUCCUGUAGUGCAGAUGAGAAGCUAUAACAGUGAAUAUGUGGUUUCUCUUACGUCAUCCACCUUGACAUGAUGGGUCAGAAACAAAUGGAAAUCCAGAGCAAGUCCUCCAGGGUUGCACCAGGUUUACCUAAAGCUUGUUGCCUUUUUUUGUGCUGUUUAUCCGUGUAGAGCACUCAAGAAAGUUCUGAAACUGCUUUGUAUCUGCUUUGUACUGUUGGUGCCUUCUUGGUAUUGUACCCCAAAAUUCUGCAUAGAUUAUUUAGUAUAAUGGUAAGUUAAAAAAUGUUAAAGGAAGAUUUUAUUAAGAAUCUGAAUGUUUAUUCAUUAUAUUGUUACAAUUUAACAUUAACAUUUAUUUGUGGUAUUUGUGAUUUGGUUAAUCUGUAUAAAAAUUGUAAGUAGAAAGGUUUAUAUUUCAUCUUAAUUCUUUUGAUGUUGUAAACGUACUUUUUAAAAGAUGGAUUAUUUGAAUGUUUAUGGCACCUGACUUGUAAAAAAAAAAAAACUACAAAAAAAUCCUUAGAAUCAUUAAAUUGUGUCCCUGUAUUACCAAAAUAA